UUCACGAUCACACGUUCGACACGAAGAUUGAAUCUUGAACAAAUAAAUCACUAGUAAAGAGAGGUGAAGAUGGUGAUACAACUUCGUGUUUUAACUUUAAAUUGCUGGGGACUCAAGUACGUCAGUAAACAUCGAGAGGAGCGGAUAAGAUGCAUCGGAGAAGAGCUCGCUAGAGGGCGCUAUGAUGUUGUUACUCUACAAGAGGUCUGGGUUGAGAAAGAUUAUGAAUCAAUCUGUGACAAGGUGAAGAAUGUCCUGCCACAUCAUCAUUAUUUCCACAGCGGAUGCAUUGGAAGUGGCUUGUGCAUUCUGUCAAAGUGGCCCAUCGUGAAUAACUUCAUGCAUCGUUUUGCACUGAACAGUUUUGCCUACCAUGUCUUUGAGGGAGACUGGUUUGCUGGCAAAGGGGUGGGGUUAUGUGAACUGGAAGUGGAGGAUAUGACUGUGAACGUCUACACAUUACAUAACGUUGCCCUUUAUGCACCGUCCGGCAUCAUCUCUGCAGACAAGUUAUUUACGCAUCGCCUUCUUCAAAACUAUGAAGUGAGUGAGUUCGUGAGAGUAACGGGGGCUAGCAGUGAUGUGAAUAUAGUGGCUGGUGAUUUCAACACGGAGGACUUCUCGUUGGGAUACGAGGUUGCAUUGGUAAAUGCGGGCCUUAAGGACGCAUGGAAGAAAUGCAUCAAUCAGGACACCAAGGACCAGCCUUGCAAUACCGUUGAGACUGCAGACAAUUGCUACGCGCAAAUGCAAACCAAGUACUACACGGAUUACUCCGGUAUGCGCAUUGAUUUCAUCUUGUAUGGGAGCAACCCCUGCUACAGUGUGACAUGUCAAGAACGUAGCCUGGCCAUGGAGAAGAUCCCAGGCACUGACAUGCAUUACUCGGACCACAAGGGGGUGGAGGUUCUCUUUGAGAUGCACAAGGUCAAAGAUGAAUGUGCCCCAAGAAAAUCCUUGAACAAUGCUGAAGAGCGUCUCUCCAUCCUCCUUCAAAUACUCCCGUUCAUCCAGAGCUCCAUCCGAGAUGUCAAAGAGCAAAGGUUCUCCUACCUCUUGAAGUCCCUCAUCAUUUUCCUCUUCCUUAUCUUCAUCUGGAUGGGAGGUUUGUUUCAUUGGAUGACAAGCUGGAGUAGUCUAGGUGCCCUAGGGGUGUUCGUGGCUGUGGUGGUGUUAGGGAUUACAGCAUUCUGUAUAGGAGGGUUCGUGAAGAGGACAGAGUUGAAUCAACUAGUGGGGAAGAAAAGGGAGAUCACCAUGCAAGUCAGCAGGCUUGAAUCCUUGCUGAGGCACAGUUAAAGGUUUGGUUAUAGAUUGGUAAAAACUCCAAUACUUAAUGACCAAUCAAAACGUAAUUGGUGAGAAGUAUGCAGCUGGUAUUAUAAACUAAUUUGAGAUGUAACUUGUUUUGAAUAAUUUGUCACCCCAAAACAUUUGAAUCUGAGAAACCAUUCAUGCAUGAAUCAUUUAUCUGAUUUCUAAAGCUUGAUGUUUGUUUGCGAACGCUUUGGCCAGAGAUGCAUUUUUUUUUUUCAGCUGGAACUUUCACAGUUAUCUUCAUUGAUAAUUGACAAAAACCAAUCUAUGACCAUACCUUUAAAAUUCUCAGUGAAACCCUGAAGCAGAUUAAAGGCCGAGUUAUAGUCGGUCGCGAGAUGGUCGAGCAAUGGAAAUCUUGCACACGAUCAAAAAAAGACACAGUUUUCAGGCCUCAACGAUAUAAACUAUAAACUGUGUCGCGUGUCAAAAUUUCCAUCACGCGACCGACUAUAUACCGGCCUUAAGACAUUAAGUUGGAGAUUGUUAUUUGCUAAAUGGGUUGAAUUCCCAUUUGCUCACAGAGGUGCCCUUUAAAGGGCAAUGAUACCAGGGUGUUUCUCUUUGGUAAAGCCUUUACCAAAGAGAAAUACACUGGUGUCCUUGCCCUUUUAAAAGAAUGCAUCCGGGCUGCAAAAGGACCCUCAAAAGAGUCUAUUAUUAUUACUAUUGGUUUAUUAAAAAAACAAUCAAACUUGGCAGCCAGAGGCUGAAUUGUGUUUAAAAUUACAGGGCAUAAGAAAUUAUAUAUAUACUAUUUUUAAAAUUACAGAAAAACAUUACGAAAUAUAAAAAUAUUUAUUUAAGUACAAUUACAAAAUACAAGAUAUUCAAAGACUAAAAUACAAAAAUUCUUUCCGCUAGGGAGGCAUAACACACUUCUGGCUACAAACUCUGUUAAGUGCUACAAUUAAUUUUAUAUUUUAAAAUAUCAUCAACAGAAGCACGAAAGAGCACUACGAGAGCAUGCAGCAAGAGGCAAGUUAAAAAUAAAUAGCGAUUGCACCAGAAACAUGUACAUGUACAUACAGCAAGGUAAAACAAAAAAGAACUAGCACAGUGACCUGUAGCCCUGAAGAUAGCUGUGUUGAGAAAAUUAUGUUGAUGAUCAGGUUUAGAUGGGGGAGGAAAGCCCAAAAUAUGGCAAAUCCACACAAAUUAGGUAGAGACUGAAAACCCAAUUGUUGUGCAAGGCUCCGUUCCGAAGUGGUAUUGGACCGUCAUGUACGUGUAGAUUCGAGGCAGGGAAACCACUGACCUUACUUGUUGUGAAUUCCUGAACAAUCCUAUGGAAACAACAGCCUGACCUGGCCUUGAUACCAAUGUGGGAUAUGAUGUCUUAAAGACACUGGACACUGUUGGUAAUUGUCAAAGACCAGUCUUCUCACUUGGUUUAUCUCAACAUA